AUGUCCAACCCAAACGACUUGACUUCUCGUGAGAUGGAGGUGCUUGCGCUUGCGUGGCAAUGCAUGGACACCGAGCCCAAGAUCAACACAAAGAAGCUUGCAGAGCUGACCGGCUAUACCGAAGGCAGCGCCUCCGUGACCAUGGGUAAAAUCAAGCGCAAGCUCAAGCUCAAGGCCGCCGGUUCGUCUAGUGUCGUUAAUACCCCCAAGAAAGCUGCGACUCCUCAUGUACCUCGCACUCCCAAGUCAGCCAAGCGCGGUGCUGCCGAGGCUGUUGCUGGUGGCACUCCCUCUAAGAAGGGCAGGACCAGCAAGCCCGCCAACGACGAUGAUGACGACGAGGAAUUCGGCAAAUUCUCGAUCAAGAAGGAGGAGGUAAAUGACAUCAACGCCGGCGCGGACACCUUCCAGGAGACCAGCCACUACGCUGCUAUGGGCGGCGAUCAAGACUAG